AUGGUCAGUCAGAAACUGGUUACAGGCCUGUGCUUGGCGUCGCUGUCGCUCACGCUGUUUUUGGCAGCGCUGGAUAUCGUCAUCGUGGUAACGCUGUAUGACACGAUCUCUGAAAAAUUCAACGCCUACAACAGCAUUGGGUGGCUGGUCACGGGCUACUCGCUCCCCAACGCGCUGUUCACGCUCCUGUGGGGCCGUCUGUCCUCGCUGUUUGGCCUCAAAACGUGUCUCUCGGUCUCGAUUUUGAUCUUCGAGAUUGGCUCGCUCAUCGUCGCGCUGGCCGACUCCAUGGGCAUGAUCAUCGGCGGCCGUGUGGUUGCAGGUAUUGGCGGUAGCGGCAUCCAGUCGCUGGUCUUCGUUGUGGGUACUUCCUUGGUCGAAGAACGCGACCGCGGAUUGGUCAUCACUGCUCUGGGGUUAGCCUUCAUGUUCGCCAACGCCAUCGGCCCAGUGAUCGGGGGUGCUUUUGCUGAUCACGUUUCCUGGCGUUGGUGCUUCUACAUCAAUUUGCCUAUUGGCGGGUUCGCCUUUGUCAUGCUCUUCCUGUGCUACAAUCCAACCGGGAAACCGCUGAAGUCAAGCGUUACCACCAAGAUUGCCGCUCUCAAAAAAACCCAAUAUUCAAAGGUGCUGACUCGCGGCUUUUGGGUCGACACCUAUCGCAUGUUCAUGUUCAAGCUUGAUUUCAUCGGGUUUGCGCUAUGUUCCGCCGGCUUCGUGCUUCUGCUCCUUGGGUUAACUUUUGGAGGAAAUGAACAUACGUGGGGGUCCGGAACAAUCGUCAGCUACCUCGUAGUUGGCCCGAUUCUCAUUUUAUUAUUUCUCCUGUACGAUUUCGUGGUGUUGCCGCGCUGGGGUAAAACCUUGUCAAACCCAGAGGACGCCAUGCCAUUGUUGCCUUGGUCCUCGGUCAAAAUGAUGGGUGUUCUCACCGGUUCAUGGGCCAUCUUUUUCUCCAUGUUCUCGUUCAACAUGCAACUUGUUUAUCUGAUCCAGUUUUACCAAGUGGUCUGGAACCAAUCUCCCACCGCGGCCAGUUUGCACAUGUGGGCUUUUCUAAUUCCAGCCAUGGUUGUCAUCAUUGGCCUCGGUAAUAUCAAUAAGAAAUUUGGUAUCAUUAAACCAGUGGCUGUAAUUGGCGGCGCGUGUGGUGUCGCUGGUGGCGGUCUCUUGACUUUGCAAAAAGGUGUCACUUCAUUGGGCCAAACUAUCGGCUACUGUAUCAUGCCAGGUAUUGCUUUCGCUGCUAUUAUGCAGUCCACUAUGUUGAGUGCUCAAGUGCAAAUUGAGAAGAGCGAUCCCAAUUUUCGCCAGAAGUUCAUCGAAGUGACUGCCCUCAACACUUUUGCCAAAGCUAUGGGUGUCUCGUUUGGUGGUAUCAUGGCCACUAUGAUCUUCACCACAUCCGUGAAAAACCAAUUAGUGAACGUGGACUUCGCGGUCCCCACGUUCACCAAUAUUGAACAGUUGAUCGCAUAUCACGCCAAACACUUUGAUGGUAGAAGUUCACCGCUCGCCAAAGUCUUCACCAAAGGUGUUCAAGACGUCUUCUACGGUGCUCUUGGAUGUGCCGCUUUGGCUUUUCUCUUUUCCAUUGUUAUGUCAAAUAAGCGCUUGUUUGUGGGCCCCAAACCUAAUAACUCCACUGACAUUGAGCAAGAGACGAUCAACGUCAAUAACUCGCUUGCUGAGAAAGACAACAGCCACAACGAGGACUCGCUCACUGAGAAAGAUAACAGUCACAACGAAGACUCGCUUACUGAGAAAGGUACUAGUCACAACGAAGACUCGGCAAGAAAGUCUACAGACUCCGUACUGCCCAUUUCUGCUACUGCGUAA